AGCUCGGAAUCUUCUUUGUUGAUAAAGAUCCACAUGUAACUUGACUCUUGACUCAUUCUUAAUUCCUAUUCUUCAUAUUAGAUCUUCCUUCCCCGCGUAAACUAAGGUAACUGGGAACAAGUAUAUACAUACAUACCUACGUAUACUCAUCGUCUCGUCGACUUCGGAUCUAAGGAUUGGACAAAGACUUCCGUUCUAAAACAUCUAUACUUACGGUCUAUAUCUCAUAUCUCGAGAAGACCUGACAUCAUAUAUCAUCAUUGGCCCCUCAUCUUCCUUAACCUACAUUGCCCAUUAUGGCGUCCAACAACAUGAUCAAUCCGGCCAUUGACCCGAACGCCGAAGACGAGCUGUUCUUGAAGGAGGUCGAAGCCGUGAAGCAAUGGUGGAGCGAUCCUAGAUGGAGAUACACGAGACGGCCAUUCACCGCCGAGCAGAUCGUCUCUAAGAGAGGCUACCUAAAGAUCGAUUACCCGAGUAACGCCCAAUCCAAGAAGCUAUGGAAGAUCCUCGAGGGCCGCUUUCAGAGCCGCGAUGCCAGUUACACAUACGGCUGCUUGGAGCCCACCAUGGUCACGCAGAUGGCCAAGUACCUAGACACUGUCUAUGUCUCUGGUUGGCAAUCAUCGUCGACCGCCUCGUCAUCUGACGAACCCGGUCCGGAUCUAGCAGAUUACCCAUAUACCACCGUCCCCAACAAAGUCAAGCACCUCUUCAUGGCACAGCUCUUCCACGACCGCAAGCAGCGACAAGAGCGUAUCAGCACGCCUAAGGCCGAGCGCGCCAAGCUCGCCAACAUCGACUACCUACGGCCCAUCAUCGCAGACGCAGACACAGGCCACGGCGGUCUCACAGCCGUGAUGAAGCUAACGAAGCUAUUCAUCGAGCACGGCGCCGCGGGGAUCCACAUCGAGGACCAAGCCCCGGGAACCAAGAAGUGCGGACACAUGGCUGGUAAGGUGCUCGUGCCCAUCUCCGAGCACAUCAACCGACUCGUAGCCAUCCGCGCGCAGGCCGAUAUCAUGGGCACGGAUCUCCUCGCCGUCGCGCGCACCGACGCCGAGGCCGCUACUCUAAUCACCACCACCAUCGACCCCCGCGACCACGCCUUCAUCCUCGGUAGCACAAACCCUCAGCUGCAACCUCUAAACGACCUAAUGAUCGCCGCGGAGCGGUCCGGCAAAACCGGUGACCAACUCCAAGCCAUUGAAGACGCAUGGCUCAAGCAAGCGAACCUGCGGCGCUUCGACGAAGCCGUCGUCGACGUGAUCACCAGCUCGCCCUCGCUGCAGAACAAGAAGGAACUCACAGCGCAGUACCUCUCCCAAGCUAAAGGCAAGAGUCUACCCGAGGCACGCACAAUCGCGCAUGGCGUCACAGGCGUAGAUGUGUACUUCGACUGGGACGCGCCGCGGACGCGGGAGGGGUACUAUAGAUUGAAGGGCGGCUGCGAUUGUGCGAUUAACCGCGCGAUUGCGUAUGCGCCGUACUGCGAUGCCAUUUGGAUGGAGAGCAAACUGCCGGAUUUCAAGCAGGCGGAGGAGUUCGCGAGAGGGGUUCAUGCGGUUUGGCCUGAGCAGAAACUAGCAUACAACCUCUCCCCGUCCUUCAACUGGAAGACCGCGAUGCCGCGCGACGAGCAGGAGACGUAUAUCCGACGGCUGGCGACGCUGGGGUACUGCUGGCAGUUCAUCACGCUAGCGGGCCUGCACACGACGGCGCUGAUCAGCGACCGGUUCGCGCGCGCGUACGCCAAGGACGGCAUGCGCGCUUACGGCGAGCUCGUCCAAGAGCCCGAGAUCGAGGGUGGUGUCGACGUCGUCAAGCACCAGAAAUGGAGUGGUGCUACGUAUGUCGAUGAGUUGCAGAAGAUGGUUACCGGUGGAGUGAGUAGUACCGCGGCUAUGGGGAAGGGAGUUACGGAGGAUCAGUUCCAUUAAGUGUGGAUGGAUGGAGUUGUAGAUGAAAACCCUUUUGUAUAACGGGUUUGGACGAAAUUACUUACACACAUAUAUAUUUGCCUGCAUAUAAGGCUUGGUGUAUAACGGCGGUAAAUCUCAUGUCUGGCUAUAUAUUAGCUCUGGACAUUAAGAUGAUUAGGAUAUGACGAUAGUUACAAUGUUAUGGAAUUAUGAUCUCUAGCGA